GGGCUGGACUUCGGGGCCGCUUCCCUUCCAGCACAGAGCUGAGCUGUCACACAUCCUGUGAUCAUCACCACCUCCACACAUCACCAUGCCGAAAGAGGAGUUUUUUGUGGACAUGACCUGCGAAGGCUGCUCAAAAGCUGUGGAACGAGUCCUCUCUCGACUUCCAGAUGUGAAGUUUGAAAUUGACUUGCCGAACAAGAAAGUGCUGAUACAGUCUGACCAAAAUUCAGUAGACCAAUUGUUAGAGACCCUGAAGAAGACUGGAAAAGAGACUAAAUACCUGGGCUGUAAAGUCUGAGCAGAGUGGAAGGAACUAGCAUACG